AUGAACGUUGCUGGUGCGUUGCCGGAGUCGACGACAAUCUCAGUGAAAAUGGCGGACACCAAGGCAGUGACUAUUCGAACAAGGAAGUUCAUGACAAAUAGACUUCUUUCCAGGAAGCAAUUCGUUAUUGAUGUGCUUCAUCCUGGCAGGCCAAAUGUCUCCAAGGCUGAAUUGAAAGAGAAGUUGGCAAGGAUGUAUGAGGUGAAAGAUCCAAGUUCCAUAUUUGUAUUCAAGUUCAGGACCCAUUUUGGAGGAGGAAAAUCUACUGGUUUUGGUUUGAUCUAUGAUUCUGUUGAGAAUGCAAAGAAAUACGAGCCAAAAUACAGACUUAUCAGGAAUGGAUUGGAUACCAAGAUUGAGAAGUCAAGGAAACAGCUAAAGGAAAGGAAGAACAGGGCAAAGAAGAUUAGAGGUGUAAAAAAGACAAAGGCUGGGGAUGCUGCCAAGAAGAAGAAGUGAGAGGCAUUGAGAGAUUUUGUGUGGUUAUUUUGCAUGUUGGUUUUAGCAUUUUUGACGUUGUAUUUCUUGGAAUUAAGUUAAAUGUAGGUUUUCAACUUUUUAAAAAAAUGGAGAUUGGUAUUCUGUAGUCUUAUCUUUAACUUCACUCUUCAUGUUGGCUUUCUUUAAAAGAUUUUCAUGUUUGAAGUUGUAUUGCUUCCUUCGUGUUAUGUAGAGGAUACUAUUGUCUACCAUCC